CAGAGAGAAAUUGACUAAUUAGCAAUGCGCACUAAAACUUGACGGUUCCCUCCAUAAGAGCGAGGGAGACUCGCUUUUUUUCCUCUCUCUCUCCUUUCUUUCUUCCAGAGAUGUUUGAAAUCGCAUUCAUUUACGCUCGACAGUUUUUACAAUAGCCUUGAGCCAUAAUUUUGUGAGUCUCUCCAGCAUCCAUCCCCCUGCAUGGUUUCUCUCCACUGGCCAUGCACGACCGUUUCUCUCCCCAACCGUGGAUUUCCUAUUACUCUCGUUACGACUCACUGAGCCCCAGGCCCAAGGAUAAUGAUGUGUUGUUUCUUGGUAGCAUAAUUUGUCACACGUAGAUUUUUUUUCUUCUUCUCUUGCAGAAAGCUCUGCUCUCUCACACACUCACACGCUUCUUGCUAAUUCAGGAGAGCAAAUGAUCAACGACAAAAAUACAAUGUAAAGAGUGGCUGCAGGAGUUGGAUUCUAAAAUAAUUUGGGAGAAUCGAUCAGUCCAAAGAGCAAAGGAUUCAUUCUUUAAAAUAAACAGAAGAAAAGAAAGAAAAGUGAGAAUCUUGAGGACGUGAAGCUUACUUUUUUUGCCAAGCUGGUGUUCAGGUAGAGUUUACUGCCAGGUAGCCAUGUCCAGAUCUGGUGAUAGAACAUCCACCUUUGACCCGACUCACAGUGACACCCUGCUGCAUGGUCUCAAUCUGCUCUGGAGGAAACAGCUUUUCUGUGACGUGACUCUCACUGCCCAAGGACAGCAAUUCCACUGCCACAAAGCAGCACUGGCAUCCUGCUCUCAGUACUUCAGGUCUCUCUUCUCCAGUCACCCCAUCAGCAAAGAGGGCAAUGCCAAUAAAGACCAGGGGAGUGGUGAGACCCCAUCAUCCUCCCCAGAUGAGAAGCUCAUAGCCAGCCCCAGAUCCAUCAACAACCUGGUGCUACAGGGCUGCUCUUCCAUUGGUCUCCGGCUGGUCUUGGAGUACCUGUACACUGCCAACGUGACUCUGUCCCUGGACACUGUGGAGGAGGUCCUGUCUGUCAGCAAGAUCCUUAAUAUCCCCCAGAUUACCAAGCUCUCUGUGCAGUUCCUCAACGACCAGAUCUCUGUGCAGAACUACAAGCAGAUCUGCAAGAUAGCCGCACUCCACGGGCUGGAGGAGACCAAAAAACUUGCCAACAAGUACCUGGUGGAGGACGUUCUUCUGCUUAACUUCGCGGAGAUGUGCUCCAUGCUGGACACCCUGCCUCCCCCAGUGGAGUCCGAGCUAGCCCUCUUCCAGAUGUCUGUCCUCUGGCUGGAACAUGACCGGGAGACCCGCAUGCAGUACGCCCCCGACCUGAUGAAGAGACUCCGCUUCGCCCUGAUCCCGGCUCCAGAGCUCGUGGAAAGGGUGCAGUCGGUGGACUUCAUGAGAUCAGACCCGGUCUGCCAGAAGCUGCUCAUGGAUGCAAUGAACUACCACUUGAUGCCUUUCAGGCAGCAUUGCAGACAGAGCAUGGCCAGCAGAAUCCGCUCCAAUAAGAGGAUGUUGUUGCUGGUUGGUGGACUGCCUCCUGGACCAGACAGGCUUCCGAGCAAUUUAGUCCAGUAUUAUGACGAUGAAAAGAAGACAUGGAAGAUACUUACAAUUAUGCCUUAUAACAGUGCUCACCACUGCAUUGUUGAUGUGGAUAACUUUUUAUUCUUGCUGGGAGGAGAAGAUCAGUGGAACCCCAAUGGUAAACACAGCACCAACUUCAACAGCCGCUAUGAUCCGAGGUUUAAUAGUUGGAUACAACUCCCACCCAUGCAAGAAAGGAGAGCCAGCUUCUAUGCAUGUCGACUGGAUAAACACCUCUAUGUGAUCGGUGGGAGAAAUGAAAGCGGGUACCUCUCCAGUGUUGAGUGCUAUAACUUGGAAACCAAUGAGUGGCACUAUGUGUCUUCUCUACCCCAGCCUCUGGCAGCUCAUGCAGGGGCUGUACAUAAUGGAAAAAUAUACAUCUCAGGCGGUGUCCACAAUGGUGAAUAUGUGUCCUGCCUCUACUGCUAUGACCCAGUGAUGGACGUGUGGGCUAGGAAACAAGACAUGAACACAAAGCGAGCCAUUCAUGCUUUAGCUGGAAUGAAUGAUCGUCUGUAUGCUAUCGGCGGGAACCACUUGAAAGGCUUUUCCCACCUUGACGUCAUGCUGGUGGAGUGUUAUGACCCUAAAAGUGACCACUGGAAUAUUCUUCAGACCCCCAUUCUGGAGGGGCGCAGCGGGCCAGGCUGUGCGGUGCUUGGUGACAGCAUUUUCCUUGUCGGUGGUUACAGCUGGAGCAUGGGAGCGUACAAGUCCUCAACCAUCUGUUACAGCCCAGAGAAGGCAACUUGGACAGAGCUGGAGGGAGAUGUGGCUGAGCCUUUAGCAGGCCCAGCAUGUGCUACAGUUAUAUUGCCAGCUUGUGUGCCAUUCAGCAAGUAAUGUACAGUAAACUGUUGAACUGUGAGAAAAGGAAGAAAGAUUGUUCUGUUUUUUAAUGUAGUCAUGGGUAACAGGACCAUCCAUGAACAACACAACAUCACCUUUGAGGCAUACAAAUUCGGCUGUACUGUCACUUCAAAAACAACCACAGGGGGAAAAAAAGAAGAAAUAAGAAGAAAUAGAAAAUGUAUGAAUGAUAUGUACCACAUUGUGGUGUGGCAGAGGUAUUACUAAAAUGGUUUAGCAGGGUGAAUCAUUUUAAAUUAAAUUAAACAAUGAAUUCAACUUUACCCCAUGUGGAACUUCGAUGAACGUCCUGAGGAUAUUGUUGUCAUAGGGUUUUGAAUUGUUUUAAAUGGGUUCUGCUGUUUAACGUAAAUCCAGAAGAUUGGUACCUGCUUCACCAAGUUGAGCCACUUAAACUCCAGAAUUAAAGCACUACACUGUCUCCAAUUUAGGUGUGAACUUGUUAUACUGUGUUCAUCAUAAAAGAUAUAAAAAUAACCAGGCUUCUUAUAAAAAUGACCAUUAGCAAUGAUUCCAAUCAUUGAGCCUUAUUACAGAAAAGGAACUGUAAUAUAUAUUCCUAUAUAAUGUGAAUGGAUUGCUCCUUGUUAUUUCUUUACCUGCUUCUGUGUCCUAGAGAAUAUGUAGUUCAUUGCAUGAGGUAUGAAGUGCUCCUGGGAUUGUUCUGCUGGAAAAUUCUAUUGAGGCGUUCUGCAAAGGACACUAAUUCAUUGUUUUCUGUUCACUGAAAGUGCCCCAUGACAUUUUGAAAUCGGGGCCACCUUAAUCCAUUGAAAUUUUUUAUUCCUUGCUUUUUAUUUCUGCACUUUAAAAAAACAAACAAACAAAAAAAAAAAACACAUUUUGAAGCUUUCCUGCUCUUAUGCAGCGAGUAACUCCAUUUCAGUACAUGCAGGUACUGAUAAGGUACAGUACAGUGGUACUUCUGUGUUUAUUGGUUCAUAACAUUGUGAUAUGAUUGGUACUGUAUGUCACAAUAUGAAAAUGCCACCACUGUGUUCCCAUUCUACCACUUGAUCAUACAGUUUAGCUGGCCUUAUGCUACCAUUAGCGGGUAGCAGUGUGGGAGGUGUGGUAAAACAUAAUUAUUAAAAUAAGCUAUCCUGUGGUAGUUACAGGGUGUAACAUAAAUACAACAGUGCUCAUUACAGGUUCAGAUUCAGCUGCUGAGGUCUGAUAAAGGUGCAUUGUUUCAGACAAGGAUGGGGUGCAAGGAGAGGAUUAAAAUUGAUAUAGACCUAGUCCUAGAGCUAUUAUUUAAAUCUUUAUUUGUACAUUGUGCUUCAGCGUACGGUCGUCACUGUUGCCCGUCACUCAGAAAUCUGUUGGUUACCUUGAAAGGGUAUUUUUAAUGUCCUGUGCUUUUUAUUAACCUGAAUUAAAAUGUACUGUAGACCUUUGUAUCUUUCAAGACAAAAAACAAAAAAGGCAUGAGCUGUUCAAAUGCUGAAGAGGGAAAUAAUUCUGAAUGUAAAUUUUGUACAGUAUUAGAUUGUGUAAAUGAA